AUGGAUGACAGUAAAAGCUCCGACAUAGUCGAUUGCCCUGAAGCUCCCGCCAUCCCGCACGAUCCCAGAUUCGAGAUCACUUGGGAAGCAGUAGAUCCAGAAAACCCACGAACGUGGUCGGUAUGGUACCGGAGCUUUAUUGUCGCGUCUAUGUCUUUCUCAACCACGAUAGUUAAUAUAUACUACCAUGUAUACCUCAGGGGUUGA